CUCGCUCCUUCCCUCCCGCGCACUCCCUCUCCAUCUUUCUCUCUCUCUGGCCCAUUUCAGUUGUCCUUAUCCACAGUGAGAAGAUCCAAUUUUUUUCUCUCCUCCGCCACCACCAUCUUUGAGAUAAAACAGUGGCUUUAUAGGUUUUUUCCCAGCAGCAGCAGCAGCAGCAGCAGCAGCAGCAUAGGCUGGUGCUGCAGUUGCGCUGGCACACAUUCAACGUGGGUGAGUGAGAGAGAGACCCGUCCGCCGCAUCUUGUGGAUUUCUUUGCGUACCAGCCCGUGUACAUGGUGCUGCCUGCUCUCCUUCUGCCACAUCAGUACCAGGAGUUCAUUUCACUUAUCGGAGAAAAAUGUGGCAUCGCACCAUAGCGACACUGCUUGUCUUUUUGUAUUUUGGGGGGGACUCGCUGGCAGGGUUUCCGAACCAAAUCAGCAUUGGUGGACUGUUCAUGCGCUCCACAGUGCAGGAGCACAGCGCCUUCAGGUUCGCUGUCCAGCUGUAUAACACCAACCAAAAUGCGACGGAGAAACCCUUCAACCUCAUUUACAAUGUUGACAACCUGGAGUCCUCCAACAGCUUCUCUGUCACACACGCCUUCUGCUCCCAGUUCUCCCGCGGAGUCUACGCCAUCCUGGGCUUCUACGACAGGAAGUCCAUGAACACGUUGACUUCCUUCUGCGGGGCGCUGCACACCUCCUUUAUUACUCCCAGCUUCCCCAUCGACGCAGACGUGCAGUUUGUCAUCCAGAUGAGACCCGGUUUGCGAGGGGCUGUUCUCAGUCUGCUGAACCAUUACAAGUGGGAGAAGUUUGUCUACCUUUACGACACUGACAGAGGUUUUGCAAUCCUCCAGGCCAUCAUGGAGUCAGCCGUUGCCAAUAACUGGCAGGUGACAGCCCGCUCGGUGGGGAACGUUGUGGAUCCCAUUGAGUACAGACGAAUCAUCGAGGAGAUGGACCGCCGGCAGGAGAAACGCUUUCUCAUUGACUGUGAGGUGGGGAGGAUCAACUCCAUACUGGAGCAGGUGGUGACCUCGGGAAAAAACGGCAGAGGAUACCAUUAUAUACUCGCCAACCUGGGGUUUUCCAACAUGAGCCUGGACAGGGUGACUUCUGGUGGAGCCAACAUCACAGGCUUCCAGAUCAUCAACCCAGACAGCCCCAUCGUCCAGCAGUUCCUCCAGCGCUGGGAGCGCCUGGAUGAAAGAGAAUUUCCAGAAGCCAAAAACACUCCACUGAAGUACACAUCAGCGUUGACCCACGAUGCCAUCCUCGUGAUCGCCGAGGCCUUCCGGUACCUUCGACGGCAGCGAGUGGACGUGUCCCGCAGGGGGAGCGCGGGCGACUGCCUCGCCAACCCCGCUGUGCCCUGGAGCCAAGGCAUCGACAUAGAGAGAGCCCUCAAAAUGGUCCAAGUACAAGGUAUGACAGGAAACAUCCAGUUUGACACAUUUGGCCGCCGCUCUAAUUACACUAUUGAAGUGUACGAGAUGAAGGCUGCUGGCCCCCGUAAGAUCGGCUACUGGAAUGAGUACGAAAAGUUUGUUUAUAUUAUGGAUCCGCAAGUCACCAACGAGUCCUCUUCUGUGGAAAACCGAACAAUUGUGGUCACUACUAUUAUGGAAGCUCCGUAUGUGAUGUACAAGAAAAACCAUAUGCUGAUGGAUGGGAAUGACAGAUAUGAAGGCUACUGUGUCGAUUUAGCUUCUGAAAUUGCGAAACAUGUGGGCAUAAGAUAUAAGCUGUCGGUAGUCCCGGAUGGGAAGUACGGAGCCAGAGACCCGGAGACCAAGACGUGGAACGGGAUGGUGGGUGAACUGGUGUAUGGGAGAGCUGACAUAGCUGUGGCUCCUCUAACUAUUACGUUGGUGCGGGAAGAAGUGAUAGACUUCUCAAAGCCUUUUAUGAGCUUGGGCAUCUCCAUUAUGAUUAAGAAGCCCCAAAAGUCCAAGCCUGGGGUGUUCUCCUUCCUGGACCCACUGGCCUAUGAGAUUUGGAUGUGCAUAGUUUUUGCCUAUAUCGGCGUGAGUGUGGUGCUCUUCCUGGUGAGCCGGUUCAGCCCUUACGAGUGGCAUCUGGACGAAAACGAUGAGGCCAAAGACCCUCAGAGCCCGCCAGACCCUCCAAACGACUUUGGGAUUUUUAAUAGCCUGUGGUUCUCCCUGGGUGCCUUCAUGCAGCAAGGAUGCGAUAUCUCACCAAGAUCAUUGUCCGGUCGUAUCGUGGGAGGAGUGUGGUGGUUCUUCACCCUCAUCAUUAUCUCCUCCUACACGGCUAACCUGGCUGCCUUCCUCACUGUGGAGAGGAUGGUCUCUCCCAUCGAGGGUGCAGAGGACCUGGCCAAGCAGACAGAGAUUGCCUAUGGGACGUUAGACUCAGGCUCCACUAAGGAGUUCUUUAGGCGCUCCAAAAUAGGAGUUUAUGAGAAAAUGUGGUCAUACAUGAAAUCCGCUGAACCCUCAGUGUUUGCCAAGACAACACCAGACGGGGUUGCCAGAGUACGAAAGUCGAAGGGCAAGUUCGCCUUUCUACUCGAGUCCACAAUGAACGAGUACAUAGAGCAGCGGAAACCGUGCGACACCAUGAAAGUGGGCGGCAACCUCGACUCUAAGGGCUAUGGUGUGGCAACACCUAAAGGCUCUGCAUUAGGAAAUGCUGUUAACCUGGCAGUUUUAAAACUGAAUGAGCAAGGCCUCUUGGACAAAUUGAAAAACAAAUGGUGGUACGACAAGGGAGAGUGCGGCAGCGGGGGAGGUGACUCUAAGGACAAGACAAGUGCUCUAAGCCUGAGCAACGUGGCAGGAGUCUUCUAUAUUCUGGUGGGAGGGCUCGGCCUGGCUAUGACCGUGGCUUUGAUAGAGUUCUGCUAUAAGUCACGGCAAGAAACCAAAAGACUGAAGCUGGAAAAGAAUGCCCAAAACUUUAAGCCAGCCCCUCCAGCAAACACCCAGAAUUUCGCCACAUACCGUGAAGGCUACAACGUGUACGGGACAGAGAGUGUAAAGAUCUAGAGGGGGAACGUGUCGUCUCCCACUGGUGCGUCUGAAUGGAGCCAGCCGAUCUGUGUGACCCCGACACCCCAAGGCUGGCCUCCUGGAGGCGAGGCCUUCUCUGUCAUCAGCUUGGACUAAAGUGCUCAUUGUGGCUCGUGAGCCCCGUCACACUAACAGAGGGCAAUGACGCAACAGGACUUUUCUGCUUCUGGAAACAGGAGAUUUGCCUCUUGUAGUGCCUUAUGGAGCAUUUUGGCGUCAUGGCAAUGCAACUCAAAUGUAAUUCAUUUUAAAAGAAAUCUGCGGAGCUUCAAAUGACAAUUAGAUGAACUGUUGUAAUUUCAUUUUUUUCUAUUUUUAAUAAGAAAAAGAAAGCCAUGAUUUGCAAUCAUAAAAUCUUGGAGUACUUAUUAAGUCAUUUGAAUCCUUUACAGACUUAUUUUUGUGGUGCAAUCUUAUGUUGGAUAAAUGUUAUAUUUAGUGAAGUAAAGUCAUUUUCUUGUUUUACUAUAAGGCUUAUUUUUAGUUUCAUAAUACUUAGGACAAGCAUCAAUCAAUAGGUUUAAGCAUUAGUUAAAGUGACUACAUUGUACCCCAGUUUUGACUCAGAAAAUAUCAAUAAUAAUGAAACUAGAGGUGCUGAUCAAACUGCUUAUAGGUGGAGUUAUUUUAAAGCCUGUUGGACAUCACAUACAAAUGACUGUAUUCACUUAGAUGCUUGUUUGAAUCAACCAGGACUGCAUUUGUUUCAACUGCCACUAUUUGGAAACAAGACCGUUUUUGUUUUUUAUAAAAAGAGGUCCGCUUUAAUCACUUAGUGCCAUAUUGUUGAAAUCAAAACUAUUAUGAUCCUGUAGAGACGAUAAGAGAGACCCCUUUUAUGUGACAGCAUAUUAAAAUGGUUUAACUGAGCUUAUGGUUUACACUUUGUACACUCUUAGAGGCCGUUUUCAUGUAAAUGCAGUAUCUGCAGCUGUGAAUCUCUACAAUUUUUGGUAAAAGACAACACACCAUAGCUUCUUUGGUUGUGAUACGCUUUCUGUGUCUAUGCAUUACGCAGAAGGUGACUGUACAUUGAGGAAAGAGCUACACAUGAAACGUUGUCUGUUUGUAUAAGUGAACUUUUUAUAAACUGAAGGAAAAAAUCCUAAAAAUGCUACACACCAUGUACGCCUACAUUUGUUUAGUAAAUCAGACGUUCUCAUCCUUUUCUCCCCAGAUAAAGUGCAUGUGAAUUUGAUGGUAGUUUUAACAUACUGCAACUGGAGAUGGACCUUUAGUUUCUGGUCCCAUAACGACACUUGAUUCAGUUUGGUUUGAAUUUUUUUCCAAUUCAUUUGUAACAGUACCUCAACCAUGAGAGUUGCAUGUAUGGACACAAUGAACCUCGGUGGGGAGGACAUGUACAAAGGAUUUUAUUACAUUUCCUUAAUAAAAGCAGGUUUAUAUUCAU